GCUUUCUUACUUUUUUGGAAUAAUACUAUGCAUCAUAUUUGGUCUUAAUUAUUCCUCUGUUUAUUUCCAGAAUUUUGAGCUCUAUAGAUCUAAUAACAAAGCAAGCAGAGGAUAUAUAGUUUCAUCAUCAACUAAAAAGGUCUUGAGAACUUGGAAAGGAAAAGUAGAAUCAUGGAAAAACGAAAAGAUAAUGAAGAAGCAAACAAGUCAUUGGUGUUAUUUUCUGCUCUUCGCAAGGACAUUGCCGAUGUUCUGGAUAUCCUAGAGAGAUUAGAGAAUGAAGAAAAUCAAAAAGCUCUUGACAAAGAUCAAGUUGAAAAGCUAAAAUUGGAGCUGGCAUUUAUUUGUACAUAUGUCCAGCUUUCUUAUUCCGAUUUGGAGCAGUUUGAAGUUAUAAUGAGUAGAAAAAGACAAGAGGUUGAGGAUCUGCUUCAACCAAUUUUGGAUGAUGAUGGCAAAGACGUCGGGUGUAAAUAUGUCCUUACUAGCCUCGCCAGUAAUAUGGAUGACUGUAUCAGCUUGUAUCAUCGUUCUAAAUCAGAUGUCACCAUGAUGGAUGAGCAAUUGGACUUCCUCCUCUUGAAUCUCUAUCAUCUAUCCAAGCAUCGUGCUGAAAAGAUGUUUCCUGGAGUGACUCAAUAUGAGGUUCUUCAGAAUGUAUGUGGCAAUGUAAGAGAUUUCCAUGGUUUGAUAGUGAAUGGUUGCAUUAACCAUAAGACGGUUGAGAAUGUCUUACCUCUGUUUCAACUCAUGGCUGAGAGAGUAGGACACUUCCUUUGGGAGGAUCAGACUGAUGAAGACUCUCGACUCUCCGAGCUAGCACAUCUACUCUUGAAGAUUGUUCCAACUGAACUGGAGGUUAUGCACAUAUGUUAUACAAAUUUGAAAGCUUCAACUUCAGCAGAAGUUGGACGCUUCACUAAGAAGCUCCUGGAAACUUCUCCAGACAUUCUCAGAGAAUAUCUGACUCAUCUACAAGAGCAUAUGGUAACUGUUAUUACCCCUAGCACUUCAGGGGCUCAAAACAUUCAUGUCAUGAUGGAAUUCCUAUUGAUUAUUCUUUCUGAUAUGCCCAAGGACUUUAUUCAUCAUGACAAACUUUUUGAUCUCUUGGCUCGUGUUGGAGCACUUACCAGGGAGGUAGCAACUCUUGUUCGCGACUUAGAAGAGAAAUUAAGGAAUAAAGAGAGUACCGACGAGACAAAUCGUGCAACCCUAAAGUUGCUGGAUAUUGAACUCCUCAAGGAAGAUCUCAAACAUGUUUAUCUGAAAGUCCCGGUUUCAUCUCAAUGUUGCUUCCCCAUGAGUGAUGGACCUCUCUUCAUGCAUCUACUACACAUACAUUUGAAUGAUUUGCUGGAUUCCAAUGCUUAUUCAAUUGCUUUGAUAAAGGAAGAAAUUGAGUUGGUGAGACAAGACCUAGAAUUCAUAAGAUCGUUCUUUGUGAAUGUUGAGCAAGGAUUGUAUAAAGAUCUCUGGGAACGUGUUCUAGAUGUAGCUUAUGAGGCAAAAGAUGUCAUAGAUUCAAUUAUUGUUCGAGAUAAUGGUCUCUUACAUCUUAUUUUCUCACUUCCCAUUACCAUAAAGAAGAUGAAGCUUAUCAAAGAAGAGGUCUCUGAUUUACAUGAGAACAUUUCCAAGAACAGAGGUCUCAUCGUUGUGAACUCUCCCAAGAAACCAGUUGAGAGCAAGUCAUUGACAACUGAUAAAAUAAUUGUAGGUUUUGAGGAGGAGACAAACCUGAUACUUAGAGAGCUCACCAGAGGACCGGCAGAUCUAGAUGUCAUUUCGAUCACUGGUAUGCCGGGUUCAGGCAAAACUACUUUGGCAUUCAAAGUAUACAAUGAUAAAUCAAUUUCUUGUCAUUUCGACCUUCGCGCAUGGUGCACAGUCGACCAAGAAUAUGACGAAAAGAAUUUGUUGAAUAAAAUUUUUAAUCAAGUUAAUGGCUCGGAUUCAAAUUUGAUUGAGAAUAUUGAUGUUGCUGAUAAGCUACGGAAACAACUGUAUGGAAAGAGGUAUCUUAUUGUCUUAGAUGAUGUGUGGGAUACUACUACGUGGGAUGAGUUAACAAGACCUUUUCCUAAUGGUAUGAAAGGAAGUAGAAUUAUUUUGACUACUCGAGAAAAGGAAGUGGCUUUGCAUGGAAAGCGCUAUACUGAUCCUCUUGAGCUUCGAUUGCUAAGAUCAGAAGAAAGUUGGGAGUUAUUAGAGAAAAGGGCAUUUGGAAACGAGAGUUGCCCUGAUGAACUAUUGGAUGUUGGUAAAGAAAUAGCCGAAAAUUGUAAAGGGCUUCCUUUGGUGGCUGAUCUGAUUGCUGGAGUCAUUGCUGGGAGGGAAAAGAAAAAGACUGUGUGGCUUGAAGUUCAAAAUAAUUUGAGUUCCUUUAUUUGCCACAUCACAUCAAGCCAUGCUUUCUUUACCUUGCAAGUUUUCUGAAGGACACUGCAAUAACAAUAUAU